AUGUUAGGAAACAAACUUACAAUAUCUGAUAUCCCCAGUGUCAAAAACAAGAGAGUUUUAGUACGGGCAGAUUAUAAUGUACCUAUUGAAAAUGGAGAAGUAAAAGAUACGACAAGAAUUGUUGCAACAUUACCAACUAUUAAUUAUUUAAAAAAAGAAGGAGCUUCAAAAAUAAUUUUAAUUUCACAUUGUGGUAGACCAGAUGGAUUAAAAAAUUUAAAAUAUACAUUAAAACCUGUAGCCGAAGUUUUAAAAAAAUUAUUAGGAGAAGAUGUAUUAUUUUUAAAUGAUUGUGUUGGAAGUGAUAUAGAAAAAGAAAUAAAUAAUGCUAAAAAUCAAUCUGUUAUUUUAUUAGAAAAUUUAAGAUUUCAUAUUGAAGAAGAGGGUAAGGGAGUGGAUGCUGCAGGUAAUAAAAUAAAAGCAAAUAAAGAAGAUAUUGAAAAGUUUCAAAAUAAACUUACAAAAUUAGGAGAUAUAUUUAUUAAUGAUGCAUUUGGAACAGCACAUCGUGCACACAGUAGUAUGGUAGGAAUAAAAUUAAAUGUUAAAGCAUCUGGAUUUUUAAUGAAAAAAGAAUUAGAAUAUUUUAGUAAAGCUUUAGAAAAUCCACAAAGACCUGUAUUAGCUAUUUUAGGUGGUGCAAAAGUUUCAGAUAAAAUUCAAUUAAUAAAAAAUUUAUUGGACAAAGUUGAUAGAAUGAUUAUUGGUGGUGGUAUGGCAUAUACUUUUAAACGAGUUUUAAAAAAUAUGGAAAUUGGAGAUUCUUUAUUUGAUGAAGCUGGAAGUAAAAUUGUAAAUGAAAUAAUGGAAAAAGCAAAAAGUAAAAAUGUCCAAAUUUGUUUACCAGUCGAUUUUAAAAUUGCUGAUAAAUUUGAUAAUAAUGCAAAUACAAAAUUUGUAACAGAUGAAGAAGGAAUACCUGAUAAAUGGAUGGGAUUAGAUGCUGGACCUAAAAGUAUUGAAAGUUAUAAAGAUGUUAUUUUAGGUUCUAAAACAAUUAUAUGGAAUGGACCACAAGGUGUUUUUGAAAUGGAAAACUUUGCUAAAGGAAGUAUACAAUGUCUUGAAUUAGUUAUCCAAGCAACACAAAAUGGGGCUAUUACAAUUGUUGGAGGUGGUGAUACUGCUUCUUUAGUAGAACAACAAAAAAAGAAAGAUCAAAUUAGUCACGUUUCAACAGGUGGUGGGGCAUCUCUUGAAUUAUUAGAAGGAAAAGAGUUACCUGGUGUUGUAGCUUUAUCAAAUAAAUAA